GAAUACACUGAAGCUUGAAGAAACUUACCGGCGAUAGAGGAGAGGGAUUAGGGUACCCGGAGCCGGAGUCGCCCGACAAGAAGAUGACGACUACACGAGGAAAGUAGGGUUCGAACUUCAAAGGCACAUUUUACUUUCGAGAGUGAAUUGACUAAUUUAAUCUUUACUUUGGAAAACGAUUACUCUUGUUCAUGAAAUACCUUUGAAUAUAGGGAGUACUAAUCUCUAACUGAAUGGACCCUAUCGUUAAUUAUGACGACGAUCAUCACUCUGAGGAUGAGAGCGUGCAACAGAACGACCACCAGAAUAUGAACAUGAACCAGAACGUCCCACACCAAGAGGCGCCGAAUGGUGGGCCUGUGGGGGUCCCACAAAUCGACCGUGCAAUGAUGACGCAGCUCCUACAACAAGUUCUGAUCAUGAAUCAGAAUGUCUUAGCGCAUGUUCGACAAUCGGAACCGAGGAUCACGCUCGAGAGCUUGAAGAAAAACGGCGCCGAAGAAUUCCUAGGGGAGAACAUUGCCGACCCGCUGGUUGCGUUUAGAUGGAUAGAGCGUGUGCAACGCGUAUUCGAGAAUCUGAAGGUUCUAGCUGGCGAGUGGGCCGAUUUCGCGGUUAUGCUUCUACAGAGUAAUGCAUACGAGUGGUGGAAGCGCACUACUCGAAAUGCAAAUCAUCCAGCGAAAGUGAUGUGGGCGUACUUUGAUCAACUGUUCGAUCAUCUGGCUGAGUUCGGCCAGGAUUUGGUGAACACCACCAAACGUCGUUGUGAUAGGUUCGUGAAGGGCAUGCGCCCGAAACUUCAGAAGCACAUGUCUACUACAUCUAGGCAAGACUUUGGUGUUAUGUACGAACAGGCCAAGGAAGUGGUUCGAACUAAAGAAGGCGUGAGUCAAAAGAACAACCAACAAUCAGCUAAGACAGCUAUACAUGCAGCUAGCACAAGCAAGACCCUUCCGGGAAAGAGACCUCCAAGUGGACCCGAGCUGCAAAUCUCAAAGAAGGCCAACUCGCUACCCAUGCAGUCGGUAGCUUCGACUAGCAAAGGCAAGCAACCAAUGCAUCCGUUGUGUUCUGAUUGCAAUCGUCAUCACUUAGGGGAAUGCUGGAAGAAGCUGGGGUGUGUAUGGGGUGCGGUCAGUCUGGCCACUUCCGAAGGAAUUGCCCGACCAAUCCUGGUUUUCCAUUCUCUACUGUGCCAGCACCGAGUCAUACGCCUACUACUAGACCUGCGCAGAGCGAGCGUACGACCGCUGCAUCUCAACGUCCACAAAGACCACAACAACCUGCUGCACAACAACAAGCUAGAGCUCCAGCUAGGACUUACGCCAUGCAAGCAAGAAUUGAUCCUAAUCCAGACGUCGACUAUGGUAGAGAUCAAGGAUUUGAUGAGGAGCAGCCUGGAGGACAGUGAAGCGUGAAGCUGGUGGAUGACCGAAGCUGUUUUAUUUAAAUUUAAUAUAGUUGUUGAAUUUGUUUACUUAAAUUACUAGAACGUUGAAUGUUGUUUUUUAAGGCUUCCGCAACGUUUCAGUUAUUUACUCCUAUUAAACGGUUUAUUGUUUU